AUGACGACAGAGGAGAAACCAACCUCCGAUGGAAAAGGUUGGGGAAUCUUCAAGAUCCCGUUUCGAAACUCUCACGGAAACGCCUCUAAUGCUGCCACGUCACCGUUUCCGUCAGGAGCUUCUUCCUCAUCUUCUCAUCAUCUCCAUAACCACCACCACCAUCAUGGCUACAACGGACCUCACGGUGAUGGAUCGGGUCAAAAUCAGCACCCGACUCCUUCUCCUUCGGUAUCAUCAGUAGCUAAGUCGCUGCUUCCUGUGAAACGCAGAUUGAAGCUUGAUCCGUCCGAGAAACUCUAUUUCCCUUAUGAGCCUGGGAAGCAAGUGAGGAGCGCUAUUAAGAUUAAAAAUACUAGCAAAUCACAUGUAGCGUUUAAGUUUCAAACAACUGCUCCAAAGAGUUGCUUCAUGCGUCCACCAGGUGCUAUCCUUGCUCCUGGAGAGACUAUUAUCGCCACUGUGUUUAAAUUUGUUGAGCCUCCUGAGAAUAAUGAGAAGCCAAUGGAUCAAAGGAGUAGGGUUAAGUUUAAAAUCAUGAGCCUCAAGGUUAAAGGUCCAAUGGACUAUGUUCCUGAGCUGUUUGAUGAGCAAAAGGAUGAUGUGUCUAAGGAGCAAAUAUUGCGUGUUAUCUUCCUAGAUCCAGAACGUCCCAACCCUGCACUGGAGAAACUGAAGCGUCAGCUAGCUGAAGCAGAUGCUGCAGUGGAGGAAAGAAAGAAACCACCAGAGGAAACAGGUCCAAAGAUGAUUGGAGAAGGACUUGUGAUUGAUGAAUGGAAGGAGCGGCGAGAGAGAUAUCUUGCACAGCAACAAGGCGAAGGAGUUGACUCUGUCUAAGAACAGAAAAAAAAAGGAUCCUUCUCAAGAAAAAAAAACAAAUGUGUGCUCGUGAAGAAAGAAGAAGAAGAGACCACGAUACUGAAUUUUCUCUACUAACUUCAAUAUUCAUAAUGCAAUCUAAGGAUCAUGUUGGUAUAAAGGAAAAAAAAUACAAAGAAUGAAACUUUUUCUUGUAAAAAAAUGUAAAACCUGGGGUUUGGUAAUGAAUUCGAAUUGUUCAUGUUAAGACUAAUAAGAAAAAAGUGAGAGAGGAUACUGAAUCAACGGAUUGGUUUAAGCUUUAACCAAAUCUCUUUUACUUUAACUAGGAAACC